CUCCCACAGUGCUGGUGGAUGUGAAGGCAUGGGAGCCCAUCAUGCAGCAGGAGGUUUUUGGGCCCAUCCUGCCCAUUUUCACUGUGAAGGAUUUGGAGGAGACCAUCCAAUUCAUCAAUUGCGGAGAACGCCCAUUAGCUGCCUAUGCCUUCUCCUGUGAUUGCAAGAUUGUGAACCGUGUACUGGAUUGUGUUAGCAGUGGUGGCUUUUGUGGCAAUGAUACCGCGACACACGCAACAUUGAUUUCCCUAGCAUUUGGUGGCAUUGGACUCAGUGGAUUUGGCAAGUACCACGGCAAGUUUACUUUCGACACAUUUUCUCACUUUCGUGGCUGUCUUUUGCGCUGCAUGGGCCUGGAGACAAUCAACAAAGUGUGCUACCCCCCAUACAACGAUCAUAAGUUGCAGCUAGCGAUCUCUGCUUCGGAGAUCAAGCGCAGAGGCAUGUGCAGUUUGCUGUGA